UAAAAAAUAUUCAGCGAUCAUUGAGUGACAACUCAGUGUUUCAGAAUGAUGGUUAUAAUAUUAUUUUUUUGUUUUACAUUUGCUAUGGGAAUGAAUGUCCCUGAAGGUAUACCAAUCUGUCACAAAUCAGAUCCAAAUUUGGGCGAUUGCAUGGCAAAGUCUAUAGAAACUUCCCUGAAGUUUUUGGCACAAGGAAAUAAAGAGUUAGGUCUUCCUGUGUUGGAACCCAUGUUCGUGAAAGACAUGGAAAUUGGAGGGAGCACAGGAAAAUCAGUAUCCCUCCAACAGAAAUAUCAUAACGUUAAGGUCCACGGAAUGACAAAUUCAAAGAUCAAGGUGCUCAACAUUGACCUUGAAAAAGGAUGCAGUUGGAGAAUGAACAUUUCUAGCCCAACAAUAAGACUCGAAGGAGAGUAUGAAAUGCAAGGACAAGUUCUUGUUUUUCCAAUGAACGCCAAAGGAAAAUGCAAUGUAACUCAGUACAACCUACACAAUGUCCACACCGUCACGUGCGAACGAUACACGAAAAAAGGUCAAACCUACAUGAGGCUCACCAAUUACACUUUGGACAUGAAAUUGGAGGACAUCCAUUACGAAUUCACCGAUCUGUUUCCUGGAAACCAACAAAUUUCCGAUGAAAUUCUGAAAACGCUCAACGACAACGGCCUCGCUAUAUUCAACGAGAUCAAAGCUGGCUUUGAGUCUGUCUUUGGCUACAUGGAAAUGCAGACGCAUAACAAUAUCAUGUCGAAAUUCACGGAAGAUCAACUUUUUCCCCAAUAACACGUAGAACGAGCGUCAUUAUUAUUUUUCAAACUGUUAUAAUUUUUGCAAUAAAUAUGAUAAUAAUGAAAGGAAAUCUUAACCAUAGUU